AUGCCGUCAGACAGUGGUUCGGCGUGGUCGCCGCCAGCAUCCAACAGUGAGAGAAGAUUGAGCAACUCGUCCGAUGGAAGCGCCGGGAGCGGAUAUUCUAAAGCUACAACAGACAGCGCAGACUUCCUGGCGACGCGGCCGCACACGGCUGCGGUCAUCCCAGGCAAGCCUGCCGGCAACCCACUGCAGUUCGUGCGGGUAGGUCCUGCUGACCUGGGCAGUAGAGCCAGGGAACAACUUCGAAGAGCUGAGCUCGCGAAGAGAACAGAUCCUGCUCGCAUUGAAAGGCAGGAGGACUGGCAAUCGAACCUGGACAAUUGGAAGUCGUCACGGCGGAAGCGGGUGGAACACAUAAUAGAGCGGUGCGUGGAGGUGCGGCGCAUGGAGCACGAGCCCAGCCAGCCCCGAGCCAAGUCCAAGACCUUCAACGAGAUGCUGGAGGAACGCGCUGGCCGCAGAAGGCGGAACCCGCUGGCGUUAUACACAGAAGAUGACGGUCACGACCUGAGUGACCUUGGCAUUGGCACCUCCAGCACCAAGAGCAGUCUCAGCGAGGACUGCGACACACAUAGCCUGGCUAGCGACGGUAUCGACCUGGAUAAAAAUCAUUCAGAUGUCGACAAUCUGUCGAAUUGCGACACAAACCGCAAGCUUGGCUCCAGCGCCAACGAAUACGACACCUGCACGACCACCACCAUCAGCUCCCCGGAACCCGAGGAGUACACAUACGAGGGAGCCAUCGAAGGCUACAAGUCUAGAAUCAUUUCACAAACUAACAGCAACAUUGUUAAAACUGUUGUGAAUAAUAACUUCAAAGAGAAGUCACCAGAGAAAAAUGGAGACCUCAACAGAAUCAGGACAAACGUCAGCAACAAAAUCGAAGAGAAACUCUCCUCCUUCCAACAAGAGAGAGCCAACGAUACAAAGAACAACAACCAGAAGAAAGACUUGCCCAAAGUCGACAUACACAAGAGGAGGGAACAAUUCGAGAGAGAGAACUCUCAAGAGCCACAGGCGAAUAAACCUAAACUCCCCGAUAUUGCGAACAAAAAAUCUAUCAAGGAAAGACUGUCUAGUUUAGAAAAGUUCACAGAAGACUCGCACAUUCAGAAGUCUACGAGCGACCUGACUAAGUUACCUACAGAAGUGAAGCCGUUGAAAGAACGACUGUCUUCACUUGAAAAAGUUAAGUCCACUGAACCAGAAAAAGUAAAGAGGUUGUCAAACGGAGAUCUCAGCAAUACGCGGUCCUUGAAGGAGCGCCUUUCCAGCCUAAAGUCACAGACCUCUGAAGAAGAAACGAAGCCCACAAAAACUGAAGUGAAAGAGGUAUCUAUGAGUCUGAAAGAGCGAUUGUCUUGUCUUGAUGCGGCCAAAAAUAAGGAGAUACCAAAAAUAUCCGUAGAAGAAGAAUUGGCACACAAAGAUAUGGAAAUCAAGGUUGAAGAGACAAAAGAAACAUUGAUGGAGAGUUCCCUUAAAUCGAGUCUGUCUGGCAUCGAAAGUCAAAUGCAAAGCUUCUGUCGCUCUUUGGAUAGUUUGGACAUCAAUGGACAAACUUCUCCAAAUUCAUUUGACAGAGUCCAAAGUUUGGAAGACUUCGACUGCGCUGAAAUGCAGAACAACACCGUCCCGAGCGACAUCGAGACGGAAGACAGUGGGAUCCACACCGCCAGGGAUUCCUGCGUCCCUGCUGAUGACAUAGCUGACUUGACACAAGUGGCGUCACCUGUUGGAGAGCCCAUGAUCGAGGCAUCCGAGUAUGAGUCCUCCAAUGAAGAUGGAACAGCCAUGGACGCGAAAAUCGAAGAGAUGGACAAGAUGCCUGAGCCUAUUCAGCUAAUGCAAGACAUCAUAGUCGAAGAAUCUGAAGAGCAGGACGUCAAAACUGAUGAUGAUAGCGCCAGCAACUACCUGCAGGCUGUCUCUCAGCCCGAGGAACUGAGUGUGACUGAGGUCACUGAGAUACAACUGGACAAAGACGACGAAGACACACUAAAAAGUUUGGAAAACCAGGACACCAGUGUCAUUGAUGCUUUAGAGCUGGCAUUCAAAGAACUUGACUCAGAAGACAGUGCUGUGAUGGACGACACUGUAGAACUAAGAAAGAAGGAUGACUUCAUUGAUAAGAAGAUAGACGUGACGCCAUUGUAUGAAAACAUGGAUAUCUUCUAUCAGAAUUCCUCUGAGUUCUCUCCAGAGAAUGCCUUCCCUCUGGACAUGCCUACCAAUAUCUUGGAGCCUCCGAAAGAGAAGCCUCCUCCACCUCCUACUGAGGAUGGACCUGAAGACGAACUGCUGGGAAUUGGUAACUUCAAACACACGAGUUCAGCGCGCCGCAUCAAGAAGGAGAUCCGUAACAAACGUACCAGCUUCCUCGGCAUCGAAGGUCAAGAUGACAGUUACCUGGAUGUAGACCUCACAUUGGCUCCGAGACCUGAUAUCACCUCCUUCCUUCAAGAAGAGACCAAAAUAGAGAAGUUGCUGUACAAGAAGACUCUGUCUCAUGAUAUGGAUGCUAAGCUGAGGGAAAGUCGGGAUUCUGGCGUCGAUGUAGACCGAGGACCUUCAGCUGAAGCCUGGUACAAGGGGCACUCGUCUCCGGAGACAUCUAGUCCUCAUAGCAGACAGAAUAGUGAGCCCUACACCCACGUUACGGUGACGUCAGAUGAGGAGGAAUCUACAAAGAAACACCAAGAGACCUUCAGCUCCAACCUGAACUCUAAGCUGAGUGAGCUGACGGAACCUUCAGACAAGAUCGACAGCCUCGACAAAACUAUACAGCAACAACAGGAAGUACUUCGCUUCGAAAGGGAGCUACUGCAACUGGAACAGGAAGAGCUGCGCCGUCAAAGAGAGAACCUGCUCCGAGAUCAGACCAGGAUCAUCCAGAAGUCAGUCCAGGACAUAUCCUCGAUCCCCUCCUCUCCUGAGAAACCCCCUCUCAAUAGAACACCUGCGAACCCUCACUACCGCCAUUCUAUGCCAAAUCUCCUCUUAAAUGAGAACAUCCCUUCAAUUCCACCUGCAGUGCCAGAAAGACAAAUGGAUGAACGAAUGGUGGAUGAGAAACGCAAGCCAUUUGUGUCAGAGGAACAUAUGCAAAGGCAUUUUGGUGUUGAGGAGAGUCGGAGGGUCCUAUACGAGAGGAAAGAGGUUAGAGCACAGCCUAUGAGAGUACCCCAACCUGUGUUACCUCCCAAACCGAAGAGUCGAGAGUCUAUUGAGAGGGAAAUUACUAUGAGGAGCAGUCGCGUGCCUUCAGCAGUGGAGUACGCCAACGUGCAACUGCGACAGAAGCCUGUGCCCAACGGCAAUGCUGCUAACUACCAUCCCAUGACCAGGCACACGUUACAGGCACUAAGCGCGGCACCGACCCCGAAACUGAUCUCUAAUACAGACUGGAUGCAGGCGCGGAAUAGAAAGCCAGCUAACUUCAACUACAACCAACACUGGCUUAUACAGGAGGCAGAACAGCGUCGUCUAGAUGAGCAGCGCAGUAAGGCGCGUGCGCAGCGCCACUCGUACCACCACGACGCCCCCCCUGCAAUAGUGCCAGCCCCCCCUGCAGUGGUCCCCCCCGCGAUGCCCCCGAUGCCCCCUGCCGCAGCCCCUGCGCCCGCGCCGCUGUACGCCAUGCACGCGCUCUCUACCAGCCAGCAGCAGUUGUCAGACGUGAAGCGGCCAGUGCGGACGGAGCCGCGGGACGACAAAUUGCUCAGUGUUAGCGGACGACGCAAGUGUUCACACUGUGGAGAGGAACUCGGUCGCGGCGCGGCGAUGAUCAUCGAGUCGCUGUCGCUGUGCUACCACGUGUGGUGCUUCACGUGCGCGGUGUGCGGCGCGCGGCUGGGCGACGGCCGCGCCGGCGCGGACGUGCGCGUGCGCAGCCGCCGUCUGCACUGCCAGCACUGCUACUCCUCCGACGACGGGCGCAAGUACUCCGCCGUCUAG